GCUGUGUAUGUGGACAAGUGUAGACUGCUGGUCCUACUUCUACUCUAACUCCACCAUGAACUGGCAGCAAGCUAGAGACUGGUGCCAGGAGAGCUACACAGACAUGGUGGCCAUCCAGAACCAGGAGGAGAUUGAGCAUCUCAACAGCUGGCUGCCCAAGAAAUCCACCUACUACUGGAUCGGGAUCCGCAAGGUCAAAAAUGUCUGGACCUGGGUGGGAACCAACAAGACUCUGACAGCAGAAGCAACCAACUGGGCGAUUGGCGAACCAAACAAUGGCAAGAAUGGAAGGAGUGCAGGGGUGAAUGAGGAUUGUGUGGAGAUGUACAUAAAAAGAAAUGCACAGGCAGGCAAAUGGAACGACGAGAGGUGCGGGAAGUUGAAGACUGCUCUGUGCUACACAGCUGCCUGUAAGAACGACUCAUGCCUCCAUGGAGACUGUGUAGAAACCAUCAACAGCCACAAGUGUGAUUGCUUUGAGGGCUUUUAUGGAGAGAGAUGUGAGCACGUUGUUAAGUGUAACAAAGAGGAGGUGACCGUUCCUGAUAAAGGAAGUGUAAAUUGCACUCACAAGUAUGGAGACUUCUCCUAUGACUCCUCGUGCCAGUACUCCUGCGAGGAAGGAUACAAGCUGAAUAUGUCAAGACCCCUGACAUGCACUGCCUCCACACAGUGGUCAGAGCAGCCUCCUACAUGUGAAUUGGUCCAGUGUCCAGAACUGUCAAGUCCAGCAAGAGGAUCCAUGAAUUGCACUGAUCCUCUGGGCCCCUCCAGCUACCAGUCCACCUGUGUUUUUACCUGUGAUGAGGGCUAUGUUCUCGCUGAUUCCCCGUCCAACACUCUGCUAUGUGAAGGGUCAGGAUUUUGGAAUGCCUCACAGCCCACUUGUGUUGGUACGCCCACAUUUGAAUGUUUUUAG